GGUCUGCGUCGACGGGGAAGGGGCGACAAUUGCGCAGGCGCAGUGCUGGACCGCGCGGGCGUGAGAAAGCGCACGGGGGAGUCUGAGGGGACGGUUCUUUGCGGCGGGCAGCCACCCGCUCGUUUGCCCGUUACCCUCGGCGUGCUUGGCUUUACUGAACCGUGACAGGCAGCUCCCGCCAGAGCUGCGGGGUCAGAGCUGGGGUGGAGCCUUUCUUAGCUCCGGCCGGUGGGGAUGCCAGAGGCAGGUGCCGCUCACAGGGCGUUGUGCCCAUGUCAAGGCUUGUUUCGCGGCCCGGUGGGGCUCAGGUGCCCUGCUGGGCUCGCCCACGGAGCUUGGGUGCCCCGCUGUGUUCGGCCGGGCGAAGCUCCUCUCUGACUCUGGAGAUGACCGAGUGGGGUGCUCUGUGGAGCGCCACCCGGGCCUGGCCCGAACAUGCGCUGUCCCUUACAGCGAAGCGUGCGGGUAGUCAUGGCAUGGUCCUUUUCUCCUUUCGUACCCGCUUGGAGGAGCCGUGAGACAGUCAGCGACGCUGACAUUUGAAUUCUCAUAAUUGGAUCGCUCAGUUAAAACCUCACGGAGAUUAAUGAGGCAGUUCACACCCCUCAAAGCUAUUGUCUCGGGUCCAGAAAACGGAGGCAGAAGUCACUGAAUCAGUUAUCUUCCAAAAUAUAAAUUUCUCCCGCCUUCGCCCAGCAGGUGGCGCUGUGAAGGCACACGCUCUCCGUGCGCUGCUUCCUUCAAGCCUGCAGUGAGCGCCUUCGGGUGCCGACCCCCCUACCUCUUUGAGCAACAGCCGAUUGGGUGGCUUUGCUGUCGAUCAGGGAGUCUGGGCGGGAGCAACCAGCCCUGUGGGACAACGGGCUGUCAGUCAGAAGAACCGGGCGCUGAUUGGGCCCUGCUUGUAUUGUUGGAGCGGGCGCGGCCCGGGCCGAGGCGGUAGGAGUGAUGGGAAGGCGCCGCCCGGAAGCGCUGGUGCCCGGUGCGUGCUGCCUUUGUUUUACUGGCUCCCCGAGCCAGGGAGGCGAGCUCAGGGGCCGCUGCGUAUCUUGAUAUCCUCUGGUAACGAACGGGGGGGUGUUGCUGGUUUCAAAAUUUUUCUAUGGCAUUGAGUAAGCAUUCUACAACAACAGUGAUAGACAUACUCCAAGACACCAAGAGAAAUACAGGGAGAAGAGAAACUACUUGGUGGUCAAGAGGAGUACUUCUGAAUAAAGGAAAGGAAUCUUAUGUUCUUAGAGAAGCCUAUAACACAUAACCAUAGAUGGCACCUAAACCACUUGGGAAGUGGGAAAAGUAUGGAAAAAGAUACUGUCGAGAUUGGGAAAGGGAAACUGGAUUAAAAGAAUGGAUUCGAAGUGUACCAGGAGAUGACACAAAGGCAGCAUGCAAAUACUGCGCAUGUGAAAUCAGAGCCCAUCAUAGUGAUUUGGUUGCACACAGUAAAACAAAAAAGCACAAGAGACAUGUUGCUUUAUUUUCACAUUCUUCUGAUAUGAAAAAACAUUCAUUUGAAUUUGAAGUUGAAAACCAAAAUUCAUUUGAUGAUGAUAUCACGCAAGCCAAAUUGGAUCAAUCUGUUAAUGUGUGCGCACUGAAGCUAGCGGCACACAUAGCUUGCCAUAUGAGCAUUUUCACAGUGGAUCACCUAGGCUGCAUUGUUGGAGGGAUAGCAGAGAAGGACAUUAGUCUGCAUAAAACAAAAUGUUCCACACUGAUUAGAAAUGUCAUUGGUCCUACUGUACACAAAGAACUUCUCAGAGACAUUGGCAAUGGACACUACUCGUUGAUCAUUGAUGAAAGUACAGAUGUAUCAGCACAAAAGCAACUUUGCUUGAUAGUAAGAUACUUCAGCAACAAGCUUAAAUGUAUUGUAUCAUCCUUUGCAGGGAUCAUUAACUUGACUAGAAGUGGUACUAUCACAGAAGCACUCUUGACAUUUCUAAAUGACAACAAGCUGAACAUAAAAAGGUGUGUUGGGAUUGCUGCUGAUGGUUUCAAUACAAGCUUAUGUGGAAAUAAGAAUUCAUUGCUCAAAAAGUUUUAUGAACUCAAUCCUUGUGGAGUUUUCAUCAAAUAUGUAAGUUACUCUCUCUAUUUGUGUUCUUCAAAAGCCAUUGAUGUGCUUCCAUUGAACAUAGAGUACAUGGUUUCACGGACAUACUUGUGGUUUUCCCAUAGCACUUUCCACCAGAAGAGGUACCAUGAACUGUAUGCUGCCAUCAGUGUUGGAGAGAAUUUCCUGAAAAUACUGCAGCUUACUGAGACAAGAUGGCUGUCCAUUAGCCCUUGUAUUAACAGAGUACUUGAUCAGUAUGAAGCUCUGAUGUUGCACUUUCAGUCUAUAAGAGACAAUGAAAGGGACUACAGUGCUGAGCUUCUCUAUCAAAUGUAUUCUGACCCAGUAAAUAGACUCUAUCUUGUUUUUCUGCAGCCUCUUAUUGAGGAAGCUAACAGGAUCAACAAGUUAUUUCAAUUUGAAACAGUUAAUCCAGUUAACCUUAUUGCUGAAUUAAUGCUGUUCUAUCAGAAUUUGGUACAAAGAGUCAUGAAACCUUGUGUCUUUACAACAUGGUCAUCCAUUGUAAAUUAUGAUAUUCACUGUAACAGGAACUACAUGCCUCUUUCAGAGGUUAACUUUGGAUCAGCGUUCCUAUCAGAAUUAAUAAAUGCAAAUCUUUCCUCACAUACAGUAGAUACCAUCCAAAGCAGAUGUCGAGAUUGUAUCCUUGAGUUUGCUAAGCAAAUAAAGCUCCGACUGCCUCCAAAUGUCCAUCAUCUAGAAUCUCUCAGCGCUCUGAGCCCUUCAGUUGUUCUCAGUCCUACAAAACCUGAAUUCUCAACCCUGUCUUUUUUGUCCUUGUGUAGAGGGGAUCAUAUCAAGUUGAAACAGCAAUGGAGAAAUCUGGAUGCAGUCUCAUGGACGAACACAGAAGAUAGCCAAAUAGAACAGUUCUGGAUAGAAGUUGCAAAACACACAGAUGAAGUUGGUGAUAAGGAUUUUGUUGAGCUAGGAUUAUUUGCCCUUGCCCUUCUCACCUUACCCUUCAGCACUGCAGCCGUGGAGUGUACAAUCUCACAAAUGAACUUGAUAAAAACCAAGUUAAAGAACAGACUGCAGGACAGCCUACUUGAAAAUAUCUUAAGGAUCAGGGCCUAUAUGCACCGAAAUAAGAUUUGCUGCAACCAGUUUCAGCCAUCCAAAGAGAUGAUAUCUUUGUUUAAUAAUGAGUUUUAUGCAAUUGCUAAUAGCAAGGAUGCUACAGAUGACUCUGAGGAGGAUAUAUUUUGAAAAGACUCAAGUGAAGAGGAUCUCUUUUUUAGAAAAGUAAGCAAGGAUUUUCAAAAUGGCUCAUUGCAAUUGAACUAUUUGAUUCAUGCAUUUAAAAUGUUCUAUCUACAAAUCCGUUUUCCCAUUCAUUUAGUAAGAACUACUUUUCACAGAGUAAGAUACAUUGCAUAAAACCACACAACCCUUUUAGAAGAGGAUUUUUGAAAAAUUUAAUGAGGCAUGCUCUAAUAGUAAUUCAUUUGGUGGGGGUGCACUUGACUGAAGAUGCUGAUUAGAGAGCGCACCAAAAACCCCUCUCCAUUAGCCUAUUAAUGUAAUGCAGUCAUGGCAUAUUUUUAUAUUGAGUGAUACAGAACUUGACACUACAUUUCUGUGCCUCAGUACAAUACUCUCAGUCAGGAGCCAAAUGGCUGGGUGAAGAUUAAAUAAAACCUGCUUUUUUACAUAUGAGUUUUGGAGGGCACUAUCCUUGAAUAAUUUGUAUUUAUGACUGUGUUAAAAGAGAUACUUCUAAGGGCAUUCUGCGCCAAAAAAAAAAAAAAAUCUGUGCACAAUAUUUUAAAAUUCUGCAAAACUCUACAAAUUUUAUUUGUCAAAUAAAUGUGGAGGCUCCACAUGGCAUUGGGGAGCAUAGGCCACUGGCUGCACAGAGGUGGGAGAUCAUUGUGCAGCUACCCCUUGGGAUUCGGACUCGGCGGUGAGGCUGCACCCAACCCUGACAGUGCUAGGACUGGGCCUGUCCCAGAAACACCCCAGGGCCCUUCCCCUCCAUCCAGGUGCACCAGGUGUGGGCAGGCAGGCUUGGCAAGGCAGGAACCAAGUGUGGCAGGGCUUAGCGUGGGGGAAUCCAGGGGUGGGUUGAGAGGGUUCUGUGUGCGGUAACCUGAGUGCAGGUGGCUCAGUGGGGGAUCCAAGUGCAGGGGGGAUCUGGAUGCACAGGGGCUUGUUGGGGGGUUCUGGGUGCAGCGGUAAUGGGACUCUGCAGGGGGUUCCAGGUGAAGGAAGUUGGGGCUCAUCAGAGGGGGUCAGUGUGGGGAGGAUAGAGCUCUUCAGGGGGGUCUGGGUUUGGGGGGCUCAGUGGUGGGGUACAGAUGCUGGAGGUGUGAGAAGCCCAGUGAGAGAGGGAUCCAGGUGCAGCUGGUUAGGGUUUCGGUGGGGUGGGGAUCUGGGUGUGCUUGGCUUGUCGGAGUGGUCCAGGUAUGAGGGGGUCUGGAUCCAUGGGGGUUGGGCGGAUGGGGGAGCAGCUCCCUGUGCAGGGAUCCCUCUCCCUGAAGCUGAGGAGCAAUAGGUGCAGGGGGGAAGGGGAGGGCACAGUUUGCAACUGGGGGAGAAAUCGGGGGGUGGGUGCCAUGCAAGGAAAGAGGAAGUCCUAGCAGCUGAGCCUGGCGCGGGGCAGGAGCUACCAGCCUGGUCUUCCCCAGUCCUGCCCCUGCCUCACAGUGAUUUACUUCUCUGAGAGCUGCUUUGGGCACCCAAAAAUACUCCUGGGGAGGGUCGCAUGACUGUUCUUGUGGCUUCCCUUUGCAGGAGAUGUAAAUUCUGCACAUGCGCAGUGGCGCAAAAUUCCCUCAGGAGUAAAGAGAAGUCUGAAAUUCAAAGUGGCAUAUUGUAAAUAAAAAGACUAAGGAUUAUUAAAAUAAUUGUAAGAUAGUUGUAAUUUCUUAAUGGUAUUGUCUUGUGCUUUUGGGACUUUUUUAAUUAGAUGAAUUAUGUACAAGUAUGAAUUAAUAACUAUUAAAAUAGUCUGGAAUUAUAACAGUGGAGGGUAACACCAUGAAAUAUUUUAACUGUUGAAAUACCUAUUUUGAACCCACUUUUAUUAAUUUUUAAUGUACAUUCUAAAUUUUUGUAAUAAACUGAUAUA